AUGUUCUCCCCACAGAAAUUCGGUACGUUUGCCGGCUUGGGUAAGACGUUCGUUCGUGGAAAGAAAAAGUCGGUGGUGAACCCAUCCACACAAAAAGUGGUGAACCAGUUGUCGGCCAUCUCCGCGUCCAGAAAGCAGCCAAAGUUACUCAAGUUGAGUGCCGAGGACUUGAUCAAGCACAAGACUAUCACCAAUGCUUGGAAUUUGUUCCAGAGAAAGAAGGACGAUAAGAGAAUGCAGCAGCUCGAGCAGCAGUACAACAGCAUACGUAGUGCCAUGGAUGAGUUGAAAGAGUUGAGUCCGGAGUUGUAUGCCGCAGCCAACGUCAAGGAACGUAAAAGAUUUCCUUUGGAGUUGCGGGUGCCCACUGAAUACCCAGCCAACAGUCCCUGGGUGUAUAACUACAAGAAGGACUGA